AUGGCCUCACGUAAACUCAAUGUGCUGGUCUACACCGGCACCGGCACGACCGUCGAAUCGGUCCGUCACUGCAUCUACUCCCUCCGCCGCCUCCUCUCCCCAACCUACGCCGUCAUCCCCGUCGCCGAGGCCGCCCUCCUUAAAGAACCCUGGCAGCCCACCUGCGCCCUCCUGGUCAUCCCGGGCGGCGGCGACCUGGGCUACUGCCGCGUCCUCAACGGCCCCGGCAACCGGCGCAUCCCCGACUAUGUCCGCCGCGGCGGGGCAUACCUCGGCUUCUGUGCCGGCGGGUACUACGGCAGCCGCCGGUGUGAGUUCGAGGUCGGCGAUCGGACGCUCGAGGUUAUCGGGUCGCGCGAGCUCGGGUUCUUCCCGGGGACGUGUAGGGGUGGUGCGUUGAAGGGGUUCGAGUAUCAUUCUGAGAGGGGCGCGAGGGUGGUAAGGUUGAGUGUGAAGGAGGGGUUUGGGGAGGGGGAUGAAGUGUUGAGUUACUACAACGGCGGAGGCGUCUUUGUCGAUGCUGAAAAGUUUGAGAAUGUGGAGGUUCUUGCGCAGUAUGCUGAUGAGAUUGCCGUUGAUGGGGGAGCUGGGAAAGCGGCUGUGAUACACUGCACAGUCGGGUCUGGCAAUGUCAUCUUGACCGGCCCUCAUCCAGAAUUCGCAGCGGCAAACCUCAACCCCCAACCACAAAUCCCCUCUUACGAAGCCCUCGUCUCCUCCCUCGCAGCAGCCGACGCAGCCCGCGUAACCUUCCUCCGCGCAUGUCUCUCCCGCCUCGGCCUGGAUCUCAGCGCCGACCCGUCCGCGCCGCCCUCCCUCUCGCGCAUGCACCUCACCUCGGCGAACCACGUCGAGGUAGGCGAGAUGCUCGCGUCCUGGGAAGAGGCCAUUACCCGUGAGACCGGCCAGGGACAGGAUGCCGAUGAAAAAGAGGAGUACAUCCGCGGCGAACACGACGUCUUCCGCAUCGAGAAGCUGUCUUCGCGGUGGGAUGUCGACGAGCUCAAGCAAGCUCUGCCGUCUUCUGGUUCUGGGGACGCAGGAGUAGGCCGGAUGCUGGAUUAUGAUGCCUUGGUCAAGGUGAUUGUCCCGCACGAGGAGGAGUGGCCGGACGCCAAGGAGACGCCCAGUUUCAACCAUCGUUUGUUUUAUGGGUCUCUCAAGGAGUAUCGUGCGAUUGAGCCUGCGGCGGAGGAGUGGGGUGAUACGCUCAUGUAUGGCGAAGUCGUCACCAGCACGAACACGCUCAUGGAUAAGAACCCCAAACUGCUCGCCCACCUCCCAACCGGCUUUACUCUCACUGCAACAACUCAAGUCGCCGGCCGAGGCCGUGGCACAAACGUCUGGGUCUCGCCGGCGGGUUGCCUUAUCUUCUCUACUGUCAUCAACCACCCAGCACACCUAGCCGCCUCCCAUCCAGUCGUCUUCAUUCAGUACAUUGCCGCUAUCGCCAUCGUCGAGGCCGUCAAAUCGUACGACGCAGCCUGCGGCGACGUUCCUGUGAAACUCAAGUGGCCCAACGAUAUUUACUGCCGCGACCCAGCCUCAACUCCCCAAGACCCCUCCUACGUCAAAAUCGGCGGCAUCCUCUCCAACUGCGCCUACUCCCAAGGCGCCUACCAGAUCGUCCUCGGCAUCGGCAUCAACACGACAAACUCGCGCCCAACGACCUCCCUCAACGCCAUCGCGCCGGCACCACUGAAGAUGGCGGGUGGCUUCCGCCUCGAGUCGCUGCUGGCGCGGAUCCUCACCCGCAUCGAGGCGCUCUACGCGCAGUUCCGCCGCGAAGGGUUCUCGCGCGACCUCGAGGAGCGGUAUUACAAGCACUGGCUCCACUCGGGGCAGAACGUCACGCUCGAGGCUGAGGCGGGCGCGAAAGCGAAGGUUGUGGGGAUCACGAGGGAUUGGGGUAUGUUGAAGGCUGUCGAAGUGGAUGGGAUGGGGAGGGAGACGGGGCGGAUGUGGGCGCUGCAGAGUGAUGAGAAUAGUUUUGAUUUCUGGAAGGGGCUUGUGAAGAGGAAGUUUCUCACCAUCGGCCUCCCGGAGCCCGAUCUCUCCGUCUUACACCCUCCACGUGGGAACUGUGCCGCCCGUCACCACGGAGACAAUGCGGAAACAAAAGUACACUCACUAGUCCAAAGGCUCAACGACUCCCGCUCCCAAAACACCCUUUGGCUCCUCGAAGAGCUCAAAAUCCCCUACACAGUCCAACUCUUCCGCCGCGCCCCCAACCGCCUCGCGCCUCCCGAGCUCGAAGCCGUUCACCCGCUCGGCAAGGCCCCCGUGCUCGAAAUCACGCCCGUAUCAACCGACGAGGACCCCAGCCCCGCACCGAUCCGGCUCGCCGAGAGCGGGUAUAUCACGCAGUACCUCGUCGAGCACUUUGGCCACCGGAAGCCCGGCCUCGUGCCGCCGCGGUGGAAGGCCGGGCGGGAGGGGAAAGUCGGGGGCGAAACGGAGGCGUAUGCGCGGUUUUGGUAUUUGUUGCAUUAUGUCGAGGGGAGUUUCUUUCCUGUGAUUGUGCAGUUUCUUCUCAUCAAUGUACUCAAAUCAUCCAACGUUCCCUUCCUAAUCCGCCCCCUAACCUCCCUCGUCGCCUCCAAAAUCUUUUCCCUCGUCAUCUUCCCCAACGCGCAAAAGCACCUCGCCAUGCUCGAGAACUAUCUCAAGACCGCGCCCGGGGUAUCAGCCGGCGGCGGCGGGUUUCUUUGCGGACCGGAGCUCACAGCCGCGGAUAUUCUCAUCAGCUUUGCGCUCAUCACGGCGGACGCGGAGAAUGCGUGGGACUCGAUGGGUAGUUGGCCUGGUGGGUCGGUGAAGGCGGCGCAUCCUGUGCUGUUUGAGUAUGUUGAGCGUUUGAAGAGGGAGCCUGGGUAUUUGAGGGUUGUGGAGAAGGUGAAGGAGAUUGAGGGGUGA